CGACUCAUUGCUUGACUUGCCAUGCCACCGUCUCUUGCGCUCCCUUCACCGGGAAGCAAGUCUGUAACUACUAUACUGUCCUAUAGACGGACAUGGGUUAUGUUGCAGAAGACCUUGUUGUCUAGUUUUGAUACACCUGUGCCUCGACACAUGACAACUUGGACAAAGCAACACCACUCGCGCAAAUCGUCCAAACCGAGAUCAAAUUAUAGUACUUCCAGGCACCCUACAGCUAGCCUGUGUACGAAAAGUAUAGGAAACAUCUUGGAUCCUCACCAAAAACACCAUGCGUUGGAUACUAGCACACAAUCAUUGUUCAGGGGAACCGGCUCUUCAAGGAGGUUUCGUUCGUCUCAAGCAGCAAAGGUCACUUCCGUUCAAUUAGAAGGCGAGGAGACAAUUAACAAACAACAGCCAAAAGGUGCAACAAUGCCAUCCCAUGGAUCCAUAUAUCAGCGGAAUAUUAAUGAGUCAGGACACUCUCCAACCAUAUGUGCGUCAAAAGCGUUAUAUCAACGAUGGAGACAGUUUCGAUACAGCAGAACCGAAGACUUUGACAAGAUGUUGAUGGAUCUAAGCCAAAGAGGAUAUGAAUUGACACCUUUACAGCAAUUCAAAAUUUUGCGUGGCGCAUUAUAUCAGAUACCUGAACAAAACUGCCAAAUGACUUGGAAAGUAUACCAGCGAUUGAUCGAACGUGGACUUGACAGCUUUAUGGAAGGCAACAAUUACAGCCGUCUGUUGAAUAACCUCAAGUAUGGAAAAAGCAGCGACACUGUUCAGCGUAUGCUUUCCGUUCUGGAUCGGAUGGAAAAGGCAGACCCUACCAUGCCCUGCAGCUAUCACUACUCCCAGAUACUAUUCGCCCUCUCUAGACAUGGGCAGGUUCAGAAAGUUCGAGACCUUAUGAUAGAUAUGCAUGACAAACACCUAGCGCUGUCGUCAUCGCAUUAUACCUCGUUGGGUGUUGCCUGCUUGAAUGCCCAGCCUGAUACAUUCUCCAUAGACGACAUAAUUGCUGAUUUUUCACAUGCAGCGACGGUAGAUCGCAUUAUACCUGAACGUCAAGCAUGCAACAUCAUCGUUGAACUACUUUGUCGACGCUGUGAAUUGCCUCGCGCUAUCAAAUUUUUACAAUCAAUGGAAGACGCUGCAGUAGAUGCUGGACGCCUUUCACCGGACGCGCGAAUGUAUACCGAGCCUGAUGUGUAUACAUAUACCUCGCUGAUUGCAGGAUUUUGUCGAAUGGGUGAUCUAAAGGCAGCAAAGCGAGUUUUAGACGACAUGACUCAAGCCAAGGUUUCACCAAAUAUUGUUACUUAUGCUAUCCUGGCCAACGGUUACUUGCAGCAUCGAAAGACCAAGGAGGCACUCAGUUACAUUGAGCACAUGCGGUUGGUGGAGAGUACUGCCAAGCAUCCAGUAUAUAUGGCUCUCAUGGUGAAAGCGCUAGCGCUCGAUAUGCGUAAAGUUGCCGAGGAUUUGUACAAGGCGCUGAAUGUAGAGAUCAGUGGGAAUUGGAAUGCUCUGGACAACAUGCAACGAUCUGCAUACGUUUUGAUGAAGUUGGCAAAUGGAAACACAAGAGGCGUUCAAAGUCGAUUCCGGCACUAUCUCCAGCACCAACCUGAGCUGAUCAAUUCGGUCAUGGUCAAUCAUCUUAUCCGCAGCCUGGGUAUGAAGGGGGAUAUUAAAGGUGUUGAAGAAGCCUUUUCGUGGUUCGAUUCAACUUCCGGCUCUCGUCACAAACUUGAACGCACUCGAUAUACCUAUCAUCACUACGUGCAGGCGCUCUUCGACUGUCAACAAACCGAAAAAGCGUUUGAUGCGGUGACGGAUAUGAAGACACGAGGGUUUUCUGUGGAUGCACUUACCUAUGCCAUCAUCAUCAAAGGACUUGUGGCCAAUAGAGAGCUGGAAACGGCUUGGAAGAUGUUUGAAAUAAUGAAACAAGAUUGCACAACUCAAAUUGAACCGAAUGAGAAGACUGCGUAUGCCCGUGACUCGCCCUUCAUACGUGCAAUAUCAUCCAUCAUGUCUGGUUUAGUGGAUUCGGAUCUUGGAAAGCAAAGCGAUAGUAUGAAUGAACACACUCGUGAUGCCAAUUUGUUAGCGGACACGUUUACUGAACUUCGUGACAUGGACUCCAUGCCCAUGACGCCACAAGCCAAAGAUACCCACAACAAGGCUCAACCUGGUAUUCAACGAGCAUUUGCGAUGUUUAGAGAUCUGCAGAGUUCAAGGAUUACCCGCCCAAACGUAUAUACAUAUUCAAUCAUCAUUGCUGGAUUUGCCAAACAUGAUAUUCGUCGCGCCAUGCAGAUAUUUCAGCAUAUGUUGGCUGACGGUAUCCCGCCCAACGACGUCGUAUACACUGCUUUAAUUCAAGGUUUUGCCAUCGCGCGUGAUGCUAAAGGCGCAUUAGCCCUCUUUGAAGACAUGAGACAGCGCGAAAUAGAACCUAAUCAAUUCACCUGGCAUUACUUGCUUCGUGCCAUGCUUCGAUCUGGUGUUGACAAGGAAUAUGUUGAUCAGGUCGGACAUGCUUCUCGCAACGGCUUGCCAUACAAACCACGCAAGCAUAGAACCAAAAAAUGGGAGCUCCUUGCUUAUGUAAAUUAGACCGUCAGAUCCAACAUUUUACUAGUUGCUUUUUUCUCACUCUUUAUAUUGUUUGCAAACUUCCUUCAUCAUCUUAAUAGAUCUAGAGUUGAUUCGUAUACCAUCGAGCAUUUACAGCUCCUCCAAAAUAAAAAUCUGUACAUUUGUUCGACUCAGAAUAA